AUGCCAUCCGAGGUUGGGCCAUCGUCUUCUCUCUUCUUGAUGCAACCAACGAGCCAACCGUCAGCUUCCGGGACCCUUGUAGGCUGGACGGCUCAGCCUGGCGCUGCUCCGAUUGUAAAGAAGACGAGCCGUUUGGAGGUUCCGGUGGAUAAGUACCCUACAUUUAACUUUGUUGGAAGAAUCCUAGGACCACGAGGGAACUCGCUGAAACGAGUCGAAGCGCAGACAGGCUGUCGUGUCCUCAUUCGCGGACGUGGGUCGAUAAAGGACGCUGGCAAGGAGGAGAAGAUGCGAGACAAGCCUGGAUUUGAACAUCUGAACGAGCCUCUGCAUGUUAUUGUGGAAGCGGAGCUUCCUGCGAACGUUGUUGACGCGCAGCUUGCUCAAGCGUGCGAAAUUCUUCAAGAACUACUCAGGCCUGUGGACGAAACUCAUGAUGUGCCUAUGUGCCUCUGUUUGAGGGCAAAUAUCAUGAUGGUUUUCAUCAGCACAGCAUGCUGGAGCUGCGGAUACAAAACAUGA